GGUGCAGGUCUCUAUGCAGCUGGUAAAUCUGGACCAAUUUGGAGAGUCAGGUGUUCGAUUUUUGCCAUGGAAGGAACAAGAUGAUUGCUUGGAUUUUUCUGUCCCUUUUAAUUACUAAAGGAGUGUUCACGACCACUGGAAAGUGUUUUAAAAACGAAUUUGUGGCUGUGAUGCCAGUGAUGUUCCAGAUGUUAUGAUUAAUACAGAAAUCUGGGUACCUCCAGGUUAUCAAUACGGCAAAUGGUUGGACAAAAAAUUGGUGAAUGAAGUUGGAACCAUCUCUACACAUGGGAGAUUUGGAUGGUAUCUUCCAACCUCUUUUGUUGAUGGAUUAUGGAAUGACAGCAGAAUCAUAGCAGACAGCUGGAGAGCUUUACAACUACAGUCAGUGGUGGGACAAUUGUUGCAAAAUGCAUCAUUGCUCAAUUCUUACAUUAACAUCUCAGAGUACAAGAAAUCUUGUGAAGAUAUAGCUGGUUGUAGUCAUGGCUGGCUUCAUGGCACAAAGUGUAGGGAUGGUGAUAAUGCAAUGCAUUGUGGUGUUCUUUUGGCUGAUUUUCCAGACCACUAUGGAUCAUUACUACAGCAGCAGAUUAACAGCCUUGGUCUGAAUAUGUCAGUAGUAUGGCUGGCCUCAGAGUUACAAUAUUUUGUCAAUGGCAGGGGUGAUCAACCAUUCCUUCUCUUAAACUGGGAACCGAAUACAAAACCAACAGCAGAGCAGUUGACAAGAAUAAGUCUUCCGCCAUGCAGUGCAAAUGUGUCUUUCAUCCAUGCCUUUUCAUCUCAGCAAGGUUACUACAACUGUGAUUUUCCACCAAGUCACCUUUUUAAGUUUGCUUGGGGAGCAGUUCAAGAUAGUGCCCCUGAUGUAUACUACCUGUUGUCAAAAUUGUACUUUGAUAAGGAGACACUUAGUGGCCUGUUGCAGAAACAUGCCUAUGGAGGGGGGAAUUUAACAAGUGAGGAAAUUGCUUGUGAUUGGUUACAGCAGAAUAGGGAUACCUGGAUGCAAUGGUUACCAUCUGGGAGUUUUAAUAAAACACCAGUUUAUCUUGGAGGGAUGUUCCCUUUAUCAGACAGUGAGGAUGCUGUUUGGAGCAAUCCUGGAAUUUUGCAGGGUGCCCUGAUGGCUUUGGAAAGCAUCAACAAUGAUUUUAAAAUUCUUGAUAAUUACAGCUUGGAGCUCAUUGUAGAAGACACACACUGUAAAACAUCUCUCAUUCUCAAUGCAUUCAUCGAGUUUAUGUCACGAUCUCAUAAUAAAUCAGUUGUGGGAAUCAUUGGCCCUGCCUGUUCAGUUCAAACUGAGAUCAUUGCUGAAGUUGCACCAUUGUAUAAUACAAUGGUUAUGGGUUAUAGUGUGGAAGGUGUUGCACUGGCAGAUCGGGAAAAGUACCCUUUGUUCUUCAGAACCUCUCCUAGCUAUGCAGAAUUCAAGUUUGCCUAUGCUGCCAUCUUUGGGUUUUUUCAGUGGAAGCAAUAUGCCUCAUUAACAGAUACAAACUAUGUAUCACGCACUGUGACAACAACCCAUGAGUAUCUUGAGAGCCAAGGAAUUGACUUGGUGUAUGCAAGACAGAUCACAAAUCAAGACAGUGUAGAUAUAAAGACUUAUGUAAGGUCCUUAAAGGAAAGUUCAGCCAGGAUUAUUAUUUCAACUUUGUUUGAGGGUCUGGCAAGAGCUGUUGUGUGUGAGGCAUAUAUUCAAGGCUUGACUCCUCAAAAAGGGUAUGUUUGGUUUCUGCCAGCAUGGCUAGCACCAGAUUGGUGGGAUCCGAAUCAUUCUCACCUGGAUGGUGACACCUCUGAAGGGAUACCCAGCAUACCUUGCUCUGCAGCCAACAUGAGGGAGUUUGUUAGUGGAGGGUAUUUCUCUCUUUCCAAUGCAUUUUACGGCGAGGACUUGGACACAAUACUAAGUGGAGGGACUGUGAACCAGUGGAGACAAGAGUAUGAAAGGAGGGUCAAGAAUCAGAGUCACACUCCCUCAGGAUAUGCAAGUUUUGCUCAUGAUGCUGUGUGGGCUUAUGCACUGGCGCUUGAUAAACUUUUUAAGUCUCAACCAGCAGGACUGGAUACAAUAAGAACAAAUCACACAACGCAGCUGUUGAAGACUUUCCUCCAACAGACCAACUUUAGUGGUGCGUCUGGGCGUGUUAUUUUCAGAGAUGGCGAGCGGUACCUUCCCACAGUUGAAAUGGAGCAACGGUUUCCUGCCAGGGUCGUAAAAGUCGGGCGUGUGCUCCCUAACAUGUACAAAGCCUGUGGCAGUAGCAACCGUUGUCUGGAAAUGAAUGAGACCAGUAUCCUGUGGCCAGAGGGGAAAAGACCAACGGACGGUAGAUCAAAGCCGUCCUCUACUGAAGUUUGCUCAGUGGAGUCUUUCAGAGCCGCUCUCGGUAUUUCGUGCACUGGAGCCAUAGCUGUCAUAAACGCAAUAGCCAUCGGUUUGUUCCUUGUCAUUGGUAUAAGUCUGAUAUGGAUCUGCAUAAAGAGAAGAUAUGAUCGUAAGUACAAGGAGACACAACAGAGGAUGGAGGAGUUGGGAUUGAUGGAACAGUCUCCUGUGCUUCACCUUGACGAGUGGGAGAUCCCUCGGGAGAGCAUUGUUUUAAAUCGUAAGCUUGGUGAAGGAGCAUUUGGAGCUGUGUGCGGUGGGGAAGUUAUUGGGCUUAGGUCAGAGGGAGAAUGGUUACCUGUGGCAGUGAAGUCUUUGAAGAUUGGCUCCCUACCCGAAGACAAGCUUGAAUUUCUGAGUGAGGCAGAAACGAUGAAGAUCUUUGACCACAAGAAUAUUGUGAAACUGCUAGGUGUUUGCACCAAAGGAGAACCAGCUUUUGCCGUAAUGGAGCUGAUGAUUCAUGGUGACCUAAAAAACUUCCUGCUGGCCAGACGUCAAUUUGCAAAUCAGGACUGUAGAGAGGCUGAAGAUGUUACUCCUAAAAGGUUAACUGCAAUGGCGUUAGACAUUACCAGUGGACUGAAUUACCUCGCAGAAAUGAAGUUUGUUCAUCGUGACCUGGCUCUGAGGAACUGCAUGGUAGGGUCAGGUCAUGUGGUCAAACUCGGCGACUUUGGUAUGGCGCGCGCUAUGUACGAUUCGGAUUACUACAGGUUUGGACGUAAAGGCAUGCUCCCUGUUCGAUGGAUGUCUCCCGAGUCUCUUGCAGAUGGCGUAUUCACGACUAAGUCUGACGUGUGGAGCCUGGGCGUGACCUUAUGGGAACUGGCGACGUUCGGCAGCUUUCCUUAUCAGGGCCUCUCUAAUGGAGAAGUUGUGGAGAGAGUCAAACAAGGGCACUUUAUGGAAAAACCACAGGGGUGUACAGGCGAACUGGGCACUUUGCUGACAGAAUGCUGGAGAAAAGACUCCCUCCACAGACCAGAUCCGGAUAAAAUUUGCAACUUGCUAACUGCCCAUGUAACCAUGAUCACCGCUUGUUUAGACUCUCCUAUGUCAAGUGUGGCCACGGAUGAAAACCGCGUGGGGCCUGGUGAGGUCAGAAGGGACAGCAUGAGGACGAGGCGAGGCACACCGUCACCCUCUCCGCGGAGAAGUCGCGCAAUUACCCAGCUCACUUAAGAGCAGAUUAAAAUUUUAAUGCCGCAUCGCGAAAAUGGUGUAACCCCAAAUGGUGCUGUAUAGAAUCGAGCCAUCAACAUUUUUGUGAUUUUAAUCAAAACUGAGCUAGCUGGGGGUGUGAAAGAUAAUUUGCAAGAUCAAGCUGAUUUAGUAAUUUGCAACAACAAGGUUGCAUUUUAAGUAAAUAUCCAGUCUUCACAGCCAUGGCCUGUCCACAUUACGACUGAGUUCCUAUUCAAAUAGAGACAUGAAUUUCAGUUGAAACGAGACUUUCGGUCUCCUUGAGAUUCUUUUAAA